GCAUAGUAUUCAAUUGCAAGUUCAAGUUUGAAUUUCUGAGAGUCAAUUGUGCAUGAGCGAGUGCAGAGAAAAUGAUUAAUUUCGUAAUUUUCUGUACAAUUGUGGGAAUUUCCUUGGCGUCACCGCUUCAGGAUGAAUUGGAUUUUAAUUUGUACGCCGAAGAUGAUAUGAAUUUGCAGGAUUUGGAAGGGAACGCCUCAGUUAAAUUUCCUAGUAUUCCAACAUUAAUCAAGUCUUAUGGCUAUCCUGUGGAGAGUCAUGAGGUGGAAACUUCAGAUGGUUACCUCCUUACAAUGCAUCGUAUUCCUCAUGGUAGAAAUCCCGAGGAUGAAUCAUCUUCAAAGAAACCCGUUGUAUUUCUGCAACAUGGUUUACUUGCAUCAUCAGCUGAAUGGGUUGUCACAGGACCCAACAAUGCGUUAGCAUUGCUGCUGGCUGAUGAGGGAUACGAUGUGUGGAUGGGAAAUGCACGAGGAAAUACUCAUUCACGAAAACACAUCACAAUGUCCCCAAAUGAACGAGCUUUUUGGAAAUUUACAUGGCACGAAAUAGGGAUUAUCGAUGUUCCUGCAAUGAUUGACUACAUCCUCAAUGAAACUGACCAAAAGCAGCUUCACUACAUUGGCCAUUCACAGGGUACAACUGCUCUAUUUGUAAUGCUUUCCCUACGUCCGGAGUACAAUGAAAAAAUUACCAUGGCGAAUGCACUGGCUCCCGUUGCAUUUAUGUCAAAUGCAAAAUCACCAUUUGUGCGAGCAUUUGCUCCAUUUGUUUUCAUCCUUGAUCGAAUUACGAGCUUACUGGGAAUGUAUGAAUUUGCCCCAAGUACAACAAUGAUGCAAAUAGGGGGUUACUUUCUAUGCAAAGACACAACAUUCUUCCAAGAAAUCUGCGUCAAUACAAUCUUCCUAAUUAGUGGCUAUGAUUCAGAGCAACUCAAUAAGACGGUUCUCCCACUUCAAAUGGCUUACGUCCCUGCUGGAGCUUCUGCAAAGCAACUCGUUCAUUUCGGGCAGCUUUUCAACUCACGCCAUUUCCGUCAAUAUGACUAUGGUUUGAUAAAGAACCUUCAGGUAUAUGGAUCAAUUAAGCCACCAGACUACCCUCUGGAGAACAUUGAAGCUCCAAUUGCACUGCACUACAGUGACAAUGACUGGCUGGCUUCAGUGAAGGAUGUUCAACAUUUACAGAGUAGAUUGAAAAAUAGCCUCAUUGGAGCUUUUCGAGUUCCCCUGCCAAAGUUCAAUCAUCUCGACUUCCUGUGGGCUAUUGAUGUACGGACUGUGCUGUAUGACCGUGUAAUUAGUUUAAUGAACAGAUACAAUAAGGAGAUUAAUUAUAAUAGUGAUACUGAAUAGAAUUUCUUCUAUGAAACUCUUGAAAAUGAACACUCUUACAUCUUUUGGGAAAAUAAUUAUUUUGUAUACAGAAAAUAAAAUUAAUGAAUCAAAA